GUGACGUCCCACGUGGACUAGCGUGCGCAGACUCACAAAAUAUGUGAUGAAGAGCACCGCCAGGGUGAGCUGUUAACUGCUCAUCCAGUUAAACUACAGAUCAUAUCGGAAGAGUUUCGUGGCACGUCAGUAGACUUCAUAAUUACGUAACCACUACAGGGGCAGCGUUUGGAAGGGGACCCAUUGGGCCAUUUCCCCAUUUUUACUUUGCUAUGGAUUCAACGAACGUCAAGGAAACUGAAAAGCACUGCGUUCUAUGCUGCCAAGAGAUCGACAUUUUCGCGUUCGGAAAAUGCGACCACCCGGUGUGUUAUCGCUGCUCCACCAAAAUGAGGGUGCUAUGCGAGCAGAAGUACUGCGCCGUCUGCCGGGAGGAGCUCGACAAGGUGGUGUUUGUAAAGUCCGCACAGGCCUUUUCUUCUCUGCCACAUCAUCAGUUCCCCUGUGAGAAGACGCAUGACAUCUAUUUUGGUGAUGAGAUGAUCUAUGCUCAGUACAGACAUCUGCUGUUGUCACAAUGUCCCUGCUGUUCUGAAGCUAAGGUUUUCUCCAGGUUUGUAGAGCUGGAGCAGCACAUGAGGAAGCAGCAUGAGCUCUUUUGUUGCAAGCUCUGUACAAAGCACUUGAAGAUUUUCUCCCACGAGCGGAAGUGGUACAACCGCAAAGAACUUGCACGCCACCGAGCACACGGAGACCCAGACGACACGAGUCACAGAGGACACCCGCUCUGCAAAUUCUGCGAUGACCGCUACCUAGACAACGAUGAGCUGCUCAAACACUUGAGAAAGGAUCACUACUUCUGUCACUUCUGCGAUGCCGACGGCUCCCAGGAAUACUACAGUGAUUAUCAGUACUUGAGUGAGCACUUCCGAGAAAGCCACUAUUUGUGCGAGGAGGGCCUCUGCGCCACCGAGCAGUUCACUCAUGCAUUCCGCACCGAGAUCGACUACAAGGCACACAAAGCUUCGGCGCACAGCAAGAGCCGAGCGGAGGCACGACAAAACCGACACAUAGACCUGCAGUUCAGCUUGGCGCCAAGACAACAGAGAAGAAAUGAAGGCACGGUGACUGGUGAAGAUUAUGAAGAAGCUCGUCACCAACGAGGGGGAAGAGGAAGACUCCAGAUGGGGCAGAAGAGCUGGCGCUACUCUCGUGAGGAUGAGGACAGAGAGGUAGCAGCAGCUAUGCGGGCCUCGAUGGUGAUGCGUCGACAAGAGGACCGAAUGGCAGCGCUGGAGAGGAGCGCUCCUAAACACUAUAGGGAAGAGAGGACUGACAGAACUGAAUCGGAAGAGCAAAGUCCCAGAACAGGACCAAUCAAACCAACAACUAAACCCCCAGUAAGGACAAUGAGGAGUUUAAAUCCAACAGAGGAUGAUGACUUUCCAGUAUUGGGAGCUGCUGCACCACCUGCCAUCAUGAAGUCCUGUCCACCGGUGGUUCCCCCGGCUCCUAGAUCCCUGCAGGAAGAUGACUUCCCCAGUCUUUCAGUAGUCAAAGUCACAGCCCCUAUGACACCGUCUUACCCUGCUCAACCGAAGAAGUCGUCGUCUUUUCAAGAAGAGGAUUUUCCCGCUCUCGUGUCCAAAAUCCAUCCCGUCAAAUCUGCAACGGGCAAGAACUCGGCAUGGUCCACUCACACUGCUCCAGCUCAGUCUAAGGCUCAGCCCCCUCCUUCCGUCAGACCCCCUCCUCCACUCUCUGCAGAAUUCUCCAGCCCCCAAAUUCUGACGUCCUCAACUUCCUCAUCGUCAAGGAGAAAAAAGAAAGUCGGGGAGAGCGGAAAAGAGGCUCCCGCACGCUUGCCUAUUUCCUCCUCUGACGACGAGAGCGGCGGAAUGACGCAGCAGGAGUUCCGCUCGGUACCCACGAUGCUCGACAUUUCAUCUCUACUCACAGUAAAAGGAAGCGAUAGCAAAACCUCGACAGCGACCAGCAAACCUUCAACUCUGUCCCCCAGCGCUAGUCUAACAACAACUAAAGCCAGCAAAAAGAAAAAACAAAAGAACGCGACUGCUCCUUCGAACUCAACUUCGGGGACGCCCGCCUUUGCAAAGACUCUUUCGGUGGAAACGGCGGCUCAAAAGGAGAACGUCCCUGAAAAAACGAGGAAUAAAUCCUCGAGUUCAGCGCCGGUAACGGCACCGAGCCGAUUGAUCAAUGGCUUUAAUGAGAAAACGGUCGUUGGUAAAGAGGCAGUUACAGCACCGCUACAGGCCAACACAGAUGCUCUUGCAGAACCAGAAGAGGAUUUCCCGGCCCUUAAGACCAAGAAGCCUCCUCCAGGGUUCAAGUCCUCCUUCCCAAUAAAGUCGUCAACUGCAGCUCCAUCGUCCCCUAUGCCUCCGCCUCCACCUGGCCUAGGGCUCUCAGCCACUAAGCCCCCACCAGGGUUUACAGGUAUCCCCCUCAACAGUAAUGUGGUGGAGACCCCUCCUCUGGCAGUAAACCUCCUUCCUAAAACGUCAGACUGCGGUUACCUGGUUCCAGAGGACUUCAAUCAAAGGAACCUAGAACUAAUUCAGUCCAUUAGGAAGUACCUCCAUGAUGACGAGUCCAAGUUCAAUCAGUUCAAGAACUACUCUGCACAAUUUAGACAGGGUGUUCUCUCCGCUGCCCAGUAUCACAGCAGCUGUAAGGACUUGCUGGGCGAGGACUUCAACCGCAUCUUCAACGAGCUGCUGGUGCUGCUGCCCGACACCGUCAAGCAGCAGGAGCUCCUGACUGCGCACGGCGACUGCAAGGCUAAGGAGAAGCAGUCGGGAACGGGAGGAGGAAAGAAAAACAAGAACAAGAAAAACGCAUGGCAGGCGGCCAGCACACAGGCCAACGCAAAUGCCGCUGAGCUGGACUGCCAAGUGUGCCCCACGUGCAGACAGGUGCUCGCCCCCAAGGAUUUCAACUCCCACAAGACGCUGCACAUGAGAGAGAAUGACGAGUUCCCUUCCUUGCAGUCCAUUAGCAGAAUUAUCAGCUAGCCCCGCGGCGCCGUUAAGGACUGUGUAGACGACUCCGUCGGUAAUUGCCGGCGCGGAAGACGACAGCGACGGCGUGCAUCUUGAUGGACUUAUGUUCAGAUGAUGUAGCGUCAACUCGCGUUCCAACCGGGUUGUCGGCAGUUUGCAACCACAACUGUUGCUUGAUUUCAGUAGGAGGGAAGACGUCACCUAAUGAGCUACUUGAAGAAUGUUGUUUUGUUGAGGGUAGAAAACAAACAUUGAAUUACCUUUCGCCUUUUGAUCCAUUACAAAAGUUGAAUAACUUUAUCCUGUGUGAAAUUGAAAGCAAAUAUUCUUCAAUAAUCAAUAUCUUUCAAUGGUAAUAAUUCAGCUCACCAACGGUAAUGUGGGCCAAUGAGCCGCAUUGUUUUGUGACUAUGCAGAAUUAACUAGAACAAAUUGAAUACAAUUCAGUUUUCUUCAAGUACUUAAAAGGGGAAUUUGCGAUUUCAACACUUUUGUCACAUUUGAUAAAACAUGCCUGGAAGGUGUGAUAUGUGGAAAAAUAUAAUCAAAACCUAUUUGGGCCACUUUGUGCCUCUAAUUUGAUAGACAAGAAAACUCUGAGGGGAAAAACAACCAACCCGAGAUGAGAUAUAUGGUUGGCCCCUAUUAUUUGUCAUACACUGUCGCCUCAGGGCGACCUGCUAUAAUGUAGGUUGCAAACGCGCCUACUUUUCCUGGGGACAAAAUGGGUUCAGAUUGUACCAGAUUUCUAAUCUCAAAUUAACAAUGUUAUCUGCUACUCUGCUUUUGUUAACUUUUUCAUCGCUAUUGACGGCACUAGACAUAUAAUCGCUGCCAGCCCCCCGGUCAAAAUGGAUUGGACGUCCAGCACCGUUGAUUGUAAUAAAAACUGAGCAGUCAUAGUUGGUCCUCCCAAUUUAAACAAAUUGGACAUCUAACCAUAGCACAUUUUUCUUUUGGCCUCGUAUUAUUAAAUGAGUAGUUUUGUUUACUUCAACACUUGAGUCGCACUUGGGAUCAUGAUGCACACUCCCUUUUGAGCGCGUUUGGGCUAGUGGACUGUGUUCAACCCAUCUCAGGACCUUCAGCUUGCAGUGCUGUGUGUCAAACUGAAUGACCUAAUGACAAACUAUGUAGUCUGUAAAUCAUACAGCUGCUGCUCUUUCUAUUUUCUGUCUGGCUCCAAUAAAGCCCUUACUGUGAAUACAGUA